AUGCGUCUUUUCCCCAAAGUCGAGGAGGAUCGGCCUACCCCCAAGGAGGUUUACAACUUGCGAACCUAUCUGUUUGCUGCCAUUGCCUCUGCUGGUGCUGCUACUAUCGGCUAUGACAGCGCAUUCAUUGGUGGCACACUUGCCCUGCAAUCCUUCAAAGAUGAGUUUCACUUUGAGACCAUGUCCGAAGAUGAGGUUAAUCUUCUCACUGCCAAUAUUGUGUCCUGCUACCAAGCAGGUGCCUUCUUCGGUGCCAUCUUUGCCUAUCUAGGUGGCCACUACCUUGGCCGUCGCCUAGGCUUGAUCAUCUUCGGUGUUCUCUUUGUUAUUGGAGCCGGUAUUAUGCUCGCAUCCAACGGCGAUCGUGGGUUCGGCCUCAUGUACGCUGGGAGAGUUGUUGCCGGCCUGGGUGUCGGGGCUAUCUCUAACCUUAUCCCCAUCUACAUUUCAGAGCUCUCGCCCCCAGCUAUUCGUGGUCGGUUAGUUGGCAUGUGGGAAGUUGGAUGGCAGUCUGGUGGUCUGGUCGGCUUCUGGAUUAACUAUGCCGUUUCACGAACCAUCGCCCCCUCGCACAAGCAGUGGUUCAUCCCGUUCGCGAUCCAACUUGUCCCGGCCGGCAUCCUUCGAGAACAGGGCAUCAAAGUCCUAUCUAGGCUACGAAAUCUCCCUGCCGACCACCCAUACCUCCAGGAGGAGAUUUCUCAGAUCGACCAAGGCAUUGAGAUGCAGGCCCAAACGAUCGGCCUUGGCUUUUAUGCCCCUUUCAAGGAGGCGAAGCGCAAUAAGUCUAUGCAAUGGCGUCUGUUCCUUGCCGGUAGUCUCUUCUUUUGGCAAAACGGCUCUGGUAUUAACGCUAUCAACUAUUACUCUCCUCGUGUGUUCCAGGCCAUCGGUCUUGUGGGUACAAAUGCUUCCUUGUUUUCCACCGGCAUGUUUGGUGUGAUUAAAACUGUCGUCACCGUUAUUUGGAUUCUCUUUAUGAUUGACUAUCUCGGCCGACGUAACCUUCUCAUUUGGGGCGCUUUGGGUGGCUCGAUAUCUCUCUGGGUGGUUGGUGGUUACAUCGCCGUCGCUCAACCAACGAAUCAUCCCGGCGCUGCCAAUACUGAUGGCGGGAGGAUGGCACUUGCCUUCUUCUACCUCUUUACAAUCUUUUAUACCCCUUCAUGGAGUGGUACACCAUGGUGUAUCAGCAGUGAGAUCUUUGACCAGAAUAUGCGAAGCUUGGGUCAAGCCUUUGCUGCUGCUAACAACUGGUUCUGGAACUUCAUUGUCGCACGUUUUACGCCCCAGAUGUUUACCAAGAUGAACUAUGGCGUCUUCUUCCUCUUUGCGUCACUGCAGCUCCUCUCAAUAAUCUAUGUAUACUUCUUGGUUCCCGAGACUAAGAGCGUGCCUCUAGAACAAAUGGACAUGCUCUUCGCCAAGGGUUUACAGCCAAGGCAUGCACACGCCGUUGUCAUGAAGCAGCUGCGGGAGAAUGAGGAGGCUUUUAAUCGCGCUGCCGUCGAGAGCACCGAGGAGAAGGAGGACCACACCCACCUUGAGAAGGCUUAA